AUGUGGUGUGGAUCGGUCGUUGUGUUGUUACUUCUCGUCUGUUGCGGUUCGCUCGUGGCUACAGGUCGCGACGGUGAUGUCGCUAGUGUCACGUCUCGCCAAGACGUCCGAGGGCCGCCAUUGUUGGCGUUCGCUACGGAAGUCGAGGAUUUGCUCGGCGAGGGAAACUCGCCGGGAAAACAGCAGGCAUCUAAGAAGGGUAUGAAGAAUACAUCCGGCAAAUCAGACGAGGGAGGAUACUACAAGACGUACGGCAGCGACGCCGAGGGCGAGAAGGGUUACUUGAAGGCAACCUACAGCAAGGGCAAUCACGGCUAUAAGACCCUCGACACCUUCCACAAGCAGGAUGGUGACAAGUACGCAUUCGAGAAGCACGUUGCCUACGGCAAAGCGCGUGCUGACAAGAAAAGUAGCCACAACGACGAGGCAGCCUCUCGUUCUGGGGAAGCCGGUGAUCACGAGGGUGCAGGUACCAUAGUCGAUACCCAUUAUGCAACCGAUGAGGGCGACCAUCGCGGUGAUAGCGGUGAACACGUCGAAGCCAGCGAUCACGAGGGCUAUACACACGAAGUUGGCGCUCACUACACGGAUCAUGGACCAGAGCCUUCGAGUUACGGACACAGCGAGAGCUAUACGGUCGAGAAUGGCGAGGACGGUUCUUACGGGAGCCGUAGCUCCUACUCCAGCAACGGAGAUCAUUAUUAUUAA